AUGCAGUCCAACGAUUCCGGCUAUGACUCUGCAGCAGAGUCAGUCUCCUCGUCGGAGGCCAUACGAGCAGUGAACAGCCUCGUGCGGGCAGACCUGCACGAGGCUCGCGAGGCCUUUCAGGGCCCUCCGCUGCUUCUCUACCGUGACCGCGCGGCAGACUGGAACAAAGCGAACUAUGCUCCGGAGAAGGAGUUCACAGAGGGUGGCCGCUGUACUGGCGGUUGCAGCCCGUGUUUGUUCCACAAUGCGCGGCUCGGAUGCCCGAGGGGCGAUGCCUGUCGCUACUGUCACGAACACGACAUCGGGGCGGACAGGGUGCCGCACCGGCCACGCAAGACUCUGCGCCACAAGAUCAAGAGGAAUGCCGAGGAUCUGCUGCGAAGGUUCGAGGUGUCACCAGAGCGAGUUCAUGACGAGCUCCAGGUGUUGGCUGCAGGUAGCCAAUUUGCGGUCAACUUCCUGGCAGGCCUUGCCUCAACACAACAACUGAACGGCAGAGAAAGCAAAGCUGAUGCUUGGGAGCCAACGUUUACGAGGGAGGAUUGCUCGAAGCAGCAUGUGGAGGCAUGCAGGUCGGAUCAGAUCAGAGGCCUUGUUCUGCCGGUCUUCUCACCACUCCUUCAUGUUGCAGAUCCGCUUGCUGUUGGCGUUGCGCCUGCCGUGCCGUCGCUCGAGCAUGACUAG